CUUCUAGUCUUCUACAACUACUUUUGCUUCUCUCUCUCUCUCUCUGCCAGUACUUCUCCCCAACAUUGCUAGAUAACUCUCUUUUAUUUAAUUAAUUUGAUUAAAAAUCUCACCAAAACUUUCAUCUUUUAUACUUCCCUUUGCUUUCUAUGCAAAAAUUCUACAUCUUUUGGGGUACCCCACACCACAUGUAUAUUUUGUGCUUUCAAAUCUCUCAUCUCUGCAUCAGAGGGUUAGUUUAGAUUAAUUUGGAAUCGAGUUGCAAAGUUGUAAUCUUUUUUUAAAAAAAAAAAAAAAUUGUUAUUAUAUGUCUCACCAACAACAAAACCCACCACCGGUUUCACAACAAAUGGGUAAUUCUGAAGCAGCAGAUGUUGUUAAACCCUUCUCAAUAAGACAGUAUGUUCUUGCUUGUCGUCAAAAAAGCGUCUCUCAUAGCUGGCCAUUUCCUAACAAGUAUCUACAAAUGUGUCUCAACCAUGGUCUCAAAGAUGUAUUGCCACCAUUUGAAUCACUAAAAGUCAAAGGUUGUUUUUCCAACUUGGUGAGUUAUUCACAAAAUGAUCAUGAUAGUAAAGAAUUAGCUGAGUUUUGCAAAACUGAAUCAGUUCAACAACAUGUCAUUGAGCAGAACCAACAAAAUAUUAAAAAUGAGUGUGAUUUUAAUGUGUCUCAUGGAGAAGUAUCGUACAAAAAAGUCACUAAGGAAUAUGAAUGGCCUUCAACAUUCACCCUUAAUCAAAGUUCAAUUCAUGUUCACAAAAUCCUUCCAUCAAAGCUAAUGAAAGAUAAACGCAAAAGGCGUAAAGGGAGAUGCAAGAAACGAUCAAUGGUUGAUAUUUUAGCUGUAGCAAGGCAUUCUACACUUUAGACCAAACUGAAGCAUAUCAGCGUCAAAAAAUUUCAAAUUAAAUCUGAGGAAAGUGUUGAGGAUUUAGUAAUAUUGAAAGGAAAGGGGACAUUGUUGCUCAAGUUCAAGCUCAAUGUAUGUCGGAAUAGAGGAACAUAAAUUGAUUUCCUUCAAUGAGUUAUGUAUAUAUGUUCAAAGUUCUCUUAGACAAUUUUUUUAUGUAGUCAACACGAACAAUUUAUAUAUGUUGCAUGAAUAUGAAAUACUAUUGUUUUUAGUAAACAGGACAUUCUAAGGAAAAAUAGCAAGAAAAUCUAAGCCAAUCUCCCCUUGAUGUGCAUGUCUGUACUGUAUUAAUGUAAUUUUUCUUCUUUUAUCUCUCAACCCUUCACUUUGUAGUUUAGUCCAUGAAAACAAGUCUUAUAAAUAUUUAAUUUUAUACAUCCAAUAUAUCUCUAGGUGUAUGGACAGUCAAUAA